UAAAUCUCGAAGUAUUGAAGCGAGCGACAGAAUGAAAACUGCAAUAUUACCUGUACGCGGAAUGACUUGUCAUUCAUGCGUCAACUCCAUUACGAACGCUUUAAAAUUUUCUCAAGGCAUUAAUAGUGUGGUGGUGAGCCUUGAAAAUGAGAAUGCGACAGUGGAAUACGAUGAGGAGUUGAUUAAAGAACAAGACAUUAUACAAGUGAUUGAAAAUUGUGGGUUUGAAGUUCCCAUUUUAUCAAAUGUUAAUUUAAUAUCACCAUUAGCCUCAGAAUUUGCGCCAUUUACCAACGUUACCUUAAAGGAUUCUCCAUAUCAGGAAUCUUUUCCACUCAAAACAAUAAAAAAUCACACUUUCGAUCUAGAUAAAAUACGAGUUUGUCAGAUCCAUGUACGUGGAAUGACUUGCGCAUCCUGUGUCAAUAGUAUCGAAAAACAUCUUCGUGGAGUUUCUGGAAUCGAAUCAAUUAAAGUUUCCUUGCUUGCAGAGCGAGCUGUAGUAGAAUAUAAUGCAGAUAUUAUAAAUGAUCACAAGAUAUCCGAAAUGAUUAAUAGUAUUGGAUUUGAGGCUUCUCCCAUUCAACCAAAACGUGAAGACAAAAUUGAGGUUCAAAUUUUCGGAAUGAAAAAUUCUUUACACGUUGAAGAAAUUAAACAAGAAUUGUUCAAGGUUCCCGGAAUACUUAGUGUAUCUAUAGACUUUAAUACUACAAUUGGUGUAAUUCAAUUUGAUAAGGAACAAUUAGGUGUUCGAGAUAUUGUGGAUAAAAUCGAAAAUAUUGGUGAUUCUGGCUUUAGUGUCUUGAUCUAUGACAAUAGUCAAAAGACGCAAUUAGAAUCAUUGGCUCGUACAAGAGAAAUCACUGAAUGGCGAAGAGCAUUUUACCAAUCUCUUGCCUUUGCUAUUCCAGUAUUUCUUGUUUCCAUGGUUCUUCCAGGUUUUGCUUGGGGUUCAGCCUUAGUUGACGUAAUGUUACUUCCCGGAAUUUACAGUGGUGACCUUAUCAGUCUCAUAUUGACCAUACCAGUACAAUUUGGUAUCGGUAAACGAUUUUAUAUUACGUCCUAUAAGGCUCUUAAACAUAAGUCUGCAACCAUGGAUGUCUUGAUAGUUUUAGGGACGACUUCAGCCUUUACUUUUUCAUGUUUCGCAAUGUUUUAUGCGCUAAUUGUUUAUCCACAUGAUCGACCAUCAUCUGUGUUUUUCGAUACAUCAACUAUGUUAAUCACAUUUGUAACUUUUGGUAGAUAUUUGGAAAAUAUGGCCAAAGGGAAAACUUCUGUUGCUUUAUCAAAACUUAUGUCACUUACACCUGCUGUGACAACCAUCUUUAUUAAAGAUCCUAAAACUGGUGAUAUUAUAGAGGAAAAAAAGAUUCCUACAGAAUUAGUGCAAGUGGGAGAUAUGGUUAAAAUCGUGCCAGGUGAUAAAAUUCCCGCAGAUGGCAUUGUUAUUUCCGGUCAGUCAACAGUAGAUGAAUCAAUGGUCACUGGUGAAGCUGAUCCGGUAACUAAACGACCAGGAGAUUUGGUUAUUGUGAAAUUGGUAGAAGAGGCGCAAACUUCGAAAGCACCAAUUCAAGAAUUUGCCGACACAGUCGCCGGAUAUUUUGUACCAAUUGUCAUCUGUUUAGGAGGAUUAACAUUUAUCGGAUGGAUGAUUCUAGCUAGAAUAAUACAUCCUCUUCCCGAUAUUUUUUCGCAGGAUGAAAGUUAUUUUAUGGUUUGUUUAAAACUAUGUAUUUCUGUUAUAGUGGUAGCGUGUCCUUGUGCACUAGGUCUUAGUACACCUACGGCCGUAAUGGUUGGUACAGGAGUAGGUGCACAGAAUGGAAUAUUAAUUAAAAGUGGUAUUGCACUUGAAACAGGUCAUAAAGUUACAAAAGUUGUAUUUGAUAAAACGGGAACUUUGACAAAAGGUCAAUUGGAUGUUGUUCAUUAUGAAUUAAUGACCGAAAAUCCGGAUUUAACCAAGGAAAGAUUUUUUGAAAUUGUUGGGGCAGCUGAAUCUUCAAGCGAGCAUCCUCUUGGUCGUUCUAUCACUAAUUACGGAAAAAAAAUUUUAUAUAUUGAAACAUAUAAUGCAGAUGUUUCAGAUUUUGAAAGUUUUUCAGGGCUUGGUAUAAAAUGUACUGUCAAUCUCAAAACAGACCGUACUAAUACGAACCAAAAGACUGAUUUCACAACUCCAGACAUAAAAACUUAUGAUGUAUUGAUAGGAAAUGAACGAUUAUUGGCACAACAUAAUGGAAUUAUACUCCCGGAAUCAGUAGUCACACUCAAAGAAACACAAGAACGACUUGGACAUACGACAGUUCUAGUAAGCAUAGAUUUAGAAUUAGUAGGGUUAAUAUUUCUUUCGGAUAUAAUUAAACCAGAAUCUAAAAUUGCAGUUGGUGCAUUAAGACGAAUGGGUAUAGACGUUGUAAUGGUGACCGGUGACCAAUUGUUAACAGCUCAAACCAUAGCUUCACAAUGUGGAAUAACUGAAAUUCACGCAGGAGUUUCACCAAAAGGGAAAACUCAAAUAAUACAAUCAAUACAACGUGAAGGCCGAGGAAAUAUUGUGGCAAUGGUUGGUGAUGGAAUAAAUGAUUCGCCAGCUUUAGCGGCAGCAAAUUUAGGAAUUGCAUUAUGUUCUGGAACCGAUAUAGCAAUUGAAGCAGCAGAUAUAGUGCUUAUGCGGCCAGACAUGACAGAUGUAGUUGCAUCUAUAGAUUUAUCACGAACUAUAUUUAAAAGGAUAUUGUUAAAUUUUCUAUGGGCAUGUUUAUAUAAUUUAUUAGGAAUUCCGUUUGCCAUGGGAUUAUUUCUACCAUGGGGAUAUCAUUUACACCCUAUGAUGGCAGGUUUCGCCAUGGCUUGUUCAAGUGUUAGUGUAGUAUGUUCUAGUUUACUACUCAGAUGGUGGACUAAACCAAUUUGGGUUGAUGAUGGAAAGGGAGGAGUAAGAAGGGUGAAAGAUGAUAGUGGAUUAAUUAACACGAUUAUUUCAACAUUGAAAACUGGGCCUACUAUGCCCCGUGGAUACAGACGCUUGGCAGUGGAAGACGAAGUGUAA